GCUAGCUUAUUCUUCUUUUUGUUUCCUUUUUGCCUUAUUUUUUGUGAUUUCAGUCAUACCCACUUCACAAAAUUAACCUACUCUCGCAAAGCAGAUAUCUUUGCAAAUUCAAAGAGUUAAGGAUGGGGAUUUCAUUAUUGGGUUUGCUGGGUUCUCAAGUUCUUGUGAGAGAUUAUCAUCAGAGUUGUGUAAAGAUUCAAUCUUUCACUGUAAGGGAGAAAUUUAGCAUAAGCUACAAGCCUCCAAAGUUCAAGCUUUGCAUCGGAAAUAUCUCAGUGUGCAAGAGUGAAUUCAUUGACAUGGACGAGAGAACUAGCCCUAAUGAGGUCAGGAAAGAAAUAGAAAACUGCUAUGAACUUAUACACAGACUUGGGAGGGGAGUCGUGUAUUUGGGGUCUUCAAGGAUGGGACCCAAUCAUUCACAUUACUCACACGCACUUGAGUUAAGCAGAGAGAUUGCAAGCCUCUUGGACUGUACUUCAUGGUCAGGGGUUGGUCCCGGGCUCAUGGAUGCCGUUACUAUGGGUGCUAUGCAAGUCGGAAAGCCAGUUGGUGGGUUCAAGAUAGCUAAAGAAGCAGGCGAAUGGACAGCCUCAAAAUUUCAUCCGUAUCUACCUUCAGAAAAUUAUCUUACUUGCAGGUUUUUCUCAGCAAGAAAGCACGGAUUAGUGGAUGCUGCAGUUAGGAGCAGUUGUUCUGACAAGACUGCUGUGGUUGCACUCCCUGGCGGGAUUGGUACCCUGGAUGAGUUGUUUGAGAUUUUAGCGCUGAUACAGCUUGAAAGGAUUGGAUCAUCACUUCCGGUUCCCUUUCUUGUCAUGAACUAUGAUUCUUUUUACGCGAAGUUGUUAGAUUUUCUCGGUGAUUGUGAGGAUUGGGGUACUGUCUCCAAAGGCGAGGUUGAAUCACUGUGGAAGGUUUGCAACACUAAUGCAGAAGCUUUAGACUACUUAUCAGACUUCUACAAUCUCCGUGCCGUUGACAGAGGCAGAAAUGAAAAAGAAGUGAGAACUUCACACAAAACAAUUUCAUAAACAACUUUUUGCAGCUGAUAAGCAUACUGUUAUGUCUGUAACUGAAAUUGCUAUAAUCUUAUUGAAAAUGUUCUGUAUGUAUCUGAAGAGAGUUCAGAACUGGAUAUUGUUGUAUCAACAUUUUUCAAUAAUAUAUCUUCCAGCAUUUGAAGCUUAAA